AUUUUGCUUUAAUCUAUGUAUAUUUAUAAUAACAAAUAAAUACAUUUUGUUUUACUGCUCAUAACAGAAUUAAAUUUCAGCAGUUAUAGGGCAGAGGUGGGUAUACACUACUUACAUUAACUCAGUUACACUUACUUUGAGUAACAGCGACAAACAUUUUAGUAGUUUUAUUUCACUUUUACUUUAGUAAUAUCUUCGUAAAAUAUCACUACUCUUAUUUAAGUAAAAUGAUUGGCUAUCUAUGGUGAGUAACUUCAUUGAAUAAUAAGUAUGCUUUAUUUAAAAAAAUAAAAAUUCUCCACAGUAAGACGUAUAUUUAUGUCAACAUGGGUGUUAUUUUAUUUGUACACAAGCUUACUUGAACCUACAAUGAUACAUGGAGGUCAAGCUGAUACACAGGAAGGAGUACAUAUUGUCACUGGAUGUGCUGGUUUCAUAAGUUUUAUGUUAUCAAAUAAAUUUGAUUUAGAAAAGUUUCUUCUGCCUGGAAUUGUUAUUUUUUGAUUACUUUUUUUGCCCUUAUUUUAUUUCAACAUUUAAAUUAUCGGAAUAUACAAAUUACUUCACAUGUUGGUCAAUAUCUAAUUUUAAAUACCAGAUGUUAUAACUUAUUCAUUCCUACUGUAGCCUUUUAAGUACCUCUCCUAUAAACUAGUCCCCACUAUAUGUUGUUGGUAGCAACAUUUGUGAUUAAAUUCACAUUUUUAUUUGAAAUCUUAAAGGGCCGAUAAAAUCUUCACAGGGGAUUUCCAUAUUGCACAUUUCUGGAAUAAAAGGCAUUGCUUCACACAUUUUUGUUACAGCUUUACGUGACACCAAGCCUGUACCUCCCAGCCAAUAGGAAAACUAGUCUGGACGUGACGUAUUCACUCGUCAUGGUAGGCCGGCGUUUCUGGUUACCGCAGCGGCGUCAGAUGUUCAGAGCGAAAUUAAUUUGUCCAAAUCAGAGGAAACAGACGCGAAGCUAAACAGUUCUAAGAGAUUUAUUUAUUUUUUUGAUCAUUCGUGGCUUUUCAUUAUCAGACCAGUCUAAAGGUACCUGAGGAACAUGGACCAGAGGGAAGAAAAACCAAACCAACAGCACAGCAGUCCUGUUUAUGUUCACAACCCACACCUAAAUGCUCUGAAAGAUGACAUCCUCUAUCACUUCAGUCUCGGGACUGGAAGCCAUAACCUACCAGCCAUGUUUGGUGACGUCAAAUUUGUGUGUGUUGGAGGAAGUCCCUGGCGGAUGAAGUCCUUCAUUGAGUUCAUUGCUGCUGAGCUUGCAAUUGAGGAAGCUAAAUCCGAGUAUCCCAACAUCUGCGCUGGAACUGAUCGUUACGCCAUGUACAAAGUCGGGCCUGUGCUCUCUGUCAGCCAUGGGAUGGGCAUUCCAUCCAUUGCAAUAAUGCUGCAUGAACUCAUAAAGCUACUUCAUCAUGCACAUUGCACAGAUGUUACAAUCAUACGCAUAGGAACGUCAGGAGGAAUAGGACUUGAGCCUGGUACGGUUGUCGUUACCAAGCAGUCUGUGGAUGCCACCUUCCUGCCUAAGUUUGAGCAGGUGAUCCUAGGAAAGACAGUGGUACGCAGUACGGAUCUGGACCAAAGUCUGGCCCAGGAGCUGCUGCAGUGCAGCAAAGAGCUCAACCAGUUUGAGACGGUCAUCGGUAACACCAUGUGCACACUGGAUUUUUAUGAAGGUCAAGCCCGCCUGGAUGGUGCUUUCUGCUCCUACACUGAGGCUGAUAAACAGGAGUACCUCAAUAAAGCUAAAGAAGCAGGAGUCUGCAACAUUGAGAUGGAAUCAUCUGUUUUUGCUGCUAUGUGCAAACUGAGUGGUCUGCAAGCGGCCGUUGUCUGUGUUACUCUGUUGGAUCGACUGAAGGGGGAUCAGCUGAGCAGCUCUCAUGAACUUCUUCAAAACUACCAGCUUCGUCCUCAGAUGCUGGUCGGCUCCUACAUUAAGAAGCAGAUGAAAGCCAAAGCAGAGCACAGCUGAAUGCAGGCGUUACACUGUGAGAGUAUUUGUACAGAUUAUCCUACAAAUUAUACAUGUUUGAGCACUGAAAAGACUGUGAAGUCGCUUUAAGCAGCUGAUCUUUACUCCAAACACCUGAUGGGUGUUUGAUGGAUGUCUUCACAUUUUAAAUUUUGACUUAAUUUAAUUCACUGAUAACGGUUUAGUUGAUUUAAGGAUAAGCAUGCGCUGUUUCACUUUUUAUCCUUUUGCUUGGUUUAAAAUAUAAUUUAACUGAGCACUAAAGCCAUUGAUAUGCAGAUUUCUUUUAGAAAUAUUUGAUUCAAGGCACUUUUAAUAUAUUUAAGUUCCCGAUCCUUAAAACUUGAACUUCACCUGUGCUUUAACAGAAAUUUUGCUGACAGUUUUGUGUCAAAGGGAUUGUACAAAUAUCAGGUGUUUUUUCUAUAUUAUUUUACUGUUGAUUUUAUCGGAACCCAAUUAUUGUGAAUCGAAUUCAGACUUUAUUGUGCAUAAUGUCUGCUUAUGUCCUGUUAAAAAACAUGUGCACUGAUGUUAGUUUUUAUCAACCUAAAAUAGUAAAUAUCGGUGCUAGAAACUUUAUACAAUAUAUAUAUUUCUAUAUAUUUACCAAAGCAAUUGUCUAUACAGCAUAGCAGUAUUUGUAUUUUGCUUAAUAUUGUAUAAUUUAACAUGAUACACCAAAUGCAGUGUGGAACAAGUCGUUUGUAAUUGUCUGAGAAAUUGUUUGUGGCCAAAACAAAUAAAGCCAUUUGCAGAUGAUGGAAAUUUUCUAAGUUCAGCAUUUCUCCUCUAUGUCAUUGAAAAAGGUGUUUCUUUCAAUAACAUGUUCCUGUUUGCAAAAUUUGCUGCCUGUAUUUAAACUAUGUAGCUUUGUGUUUUUAUUUGUUUUUUCUUGCCCAGGACUUAAUCUCA